CUAGGAGGCGGCUUCUGUUAGAACACUUGAGAUAAUUUCGAGAAGUCGUGGGACAAAGAAUAGUAGGGCUCAGGGUGGGUACCUCAAGAAUUAACAUUUUGAGGCAUGGAACUGAAGACUCAGCUGCCUUGGAGCAGCUUUUAUGCUAAUUGAGGAAACUAAGAGUCUUCACUCUCAGCUUGGAAAAAAUUCUAGCAGACCAUAAAUCCAAACGCGUAAAAGACGGAAACUCAACUGGGAAAAAAGAACCCCCAAAAGCCGUUAGUUGAGUGACGAGCUGAGUAGUCUCCAGCCAAAGCUUCCAGGUGACAAUGAAUUUAAAACUUGCGGCGGCACUGAUACCUAUGGAGUCUCACUUUGUCACCUGGCUGGAGUACAAUGGCACGAUCUUGGCUCACUGCAACCUCUGACUCCCUGGUUCAAGCAAUUCUCCUCCUUCAGCGUCCAGAGUAGCUAGGGUUACAGGCACAUGCCACCAUGGCCAGUUAAUUUUUGUAUUUUUAGUAGAGGCAGGGUUUCACCAUGUUGCCCCAGAUGGUCUCAAUCUCCUGACCUUGGAUCUACCCACCUCCCAAACUGCUGGGAUUACAGGCAUGAACCACUGUGCCUGGCCACAAAUCAAAUAUUCUUUUAGUUUUAUGCCAUCAAAAUAUUGCAACUCUGAGAACCAUUAUGUCUCCCAAAUGAAAAAGGAAAAUGGAUCAAACAAAUGAGGUCUACAUACCAGUGGUUGGUAAAGACCAGGACUGUGACAAUUUUAUACUGUUCCAAUUCAGCUGCAACUGUGCUUUCCAGAAUUUCCUUCCUGUGUUAGUCCAUUCUCACACUGCUAUAAGGAACUACCAGACACUGGAAAUGAGUUUUGCUGCAAGAAGAUGGUUCUACCUACAGCUGGGCUGCAUGAUGCUGAUCAAUCUGGUUAAUGCUGACUUUAAGUUUCAAAAGGGAGUGCUUGCUAGCAUCAGCCCAGGGAUCACCAAAGACAUUGAUCUCCAGUGCUGGAAAGCUUGCUCUUUGACACUGAUAGAUCUUAAGGAACUCAAGAUAGAGCACAAUGUGGAUGCUUUUUGGAAUUUCAUGUUGUUCUUGCAAAAAUCUCAGUGGCCUGGACAUUAUAACGUCUUCUUAAACAUAGCUCAGGAUUUCUGGGACAUGUAUGUAGACUGCUUGCUUUCAAGAUCUCAUGGAAUGGGCAGAAGACAGGUGAUGUCUCCCAAAUAUAAUAUUCCACAGAAAAAAACAGGAGGGAUGUGCAGCUUAAAUAUACCAAAGAAAAGGAAAACGUGAAGUAGGGGAGGAAAUUGGAACAAUGGGACAUGAAGACAGGAAAGUAAUACAAUGGAGUUAUGGUUUAGAGGAAUACUUUCUGAAUGCAUGUCAUAAAAGCCUAUACCUUUGAUGAAGGGUACCUAUAAAUUUGGUCUGUCUCCCACUUCUAAUACUAAAGAGGGACACGUGAACAGUUUCAAGAUUCACAUGCCUAUAAGAAAAUCCAAACCACAUGUUCAAUAGAGGUCCAGCCUUUUCCAGGACAAAGAAUCAAUACAAAUCUGACUCGUAGGUUUUCACAGUGGCUACCGUGGUUUAUAGCACCAGUUUCAAGUAUCCUUACAAUGACAGGUUCUCUCCUAUACAAUCUGAUUCAAGUACAUGCAAACUUAAAUAUAAAAAGUUUUAAAAUCAGCUAAAAUAAUACUGAACAAGUAACUGUCUAUGGUCCAACUUGAUCCAAGAAUAAACUUUGAAUUAAAGGAAGGGCAUUCUUUGCCCUUCCUUUAUGGAGCACUUUCAAAUUCUGAUGACAUUUAUUAGGAGUUUUAUAUACACUCAUAAGAUUACAUUUUACAUGUAAUUUCAGGGGGCUGCAUAAACUCCAGGUAAAGAAUCUUCAAUAUUUAAGAAGGACCUCAUAGCGUUCAGUAAUAUUGUUUCAUAUAACCAAUUUUGCAUAAGUGAGUAGCAGAUAAUAUGAGAUUUUGGGCUAAUAAAUUCCUAGAUUGAAAAUAUCUUAUCUUACCAAUUAAGGAUGGAUCCCUAAGCUCAAAAAAUCAACUGGUUGGAGGGUAGGGCUAAUGUUCUCAUAAAAAUGACCAGAAAGAUAUCCACCUAGAAUUCAUUUCCUGCAGAGGAGCUGAAGUGGUACCUAGAGGCAGUGUUAGGUUUUCCUUAAAAAACAGUUCUCUUUUACAAUCUGUGGGCAAAUGAUUGAAGCUCAAAAGUUCAAUGCUGUAAAGCAAGACCACAUAAUUUUAGUCUAAAAAAUUGUUCAACCAGUUGUCCUCAAUCACUCAUAGUUGUCAUGACAGUUUUAUUGCAGCAAUGAUAAACAUUUUAGAUUAAAUCAAUAAAAUUAGUCUUCCAGUUAAUGGCAAAAUGGUUUCUAAUUCUUUUAAUUGAAUUUACAUACUACACUGGAUUAAAAAUAAGAUCAUUUGCUAAACUGGGCAAUCUCGUCUUAGAACAGUUCAUCUUAAGUUUUUAUGGUGAUUACAUACCUAUUUAUGUUAAAAUUCCUCCCCGUUUUGGGCACAAAUAGUGUCAUCUGAGUAUAAAAAAUCUUAUUCUUUCUGUUCAUUAUUGAUUCAUUCAACAAAUAGUCAUUAAGCUUAAGGGUAUAUUAGUGAACAAUCCAGAUGUAAUCCUUGACUCACAGAGUUGACACUGCAGUGGGACAAUGUGGGGGAUAGACUAAAAUAUCUAAUUCAAAAGCAAUUUUAUGAUAUUAAAAUAGAAGAUAAAGAGAGUGGUCAAAAUGAAGCUGAAUGGGGACAAUAUGUAUUUCUCUUUUGUCUUUGACUAGGUAAGUCAAGAGAUCAUUUUACAAAACAAACCACCAAUUCUUGUAGUGGUACCGUGGUGAAGACUCAGUCACUUUCACAGCUUUGGGUUUAUGCUGUCCUCAUUUGGCUUAGCUCAUAAUCAGUUAUUUUUCAGAGAGCUUAAGGCUGAGGAGAAAAAAGGUGUCAAAGAAACUAAUAUUGACCCCACAAAUAUUUCUUCAUAAGAUGAUACAAGGGGUAAUAAUUAUCUAUGUCUAAAGUUCCUCUGCUGUUUCUGUCAAAUCUUUUUUUUUCUUUUUUUGAGAUGGAGUUUCACUCUUGUUGCUCUGGCUGUAGUGCAAUGGCGUGAUCUAGGCUCACUGCUACCUCUGCCUCCCAGGUCAAGUGAUUCUCCUGCCUCGGUCUCCCGAGUAGCUGGGAUCACAGGUGUCCACCAUCAUGCUCAGCUAAUUUUUUGUAUUUUUAGUAGAGACAGGGUUUCACCAUAUUGGCCAGGCUGGUCUCGAACUCCUGACCUCAGGUGAUCUACAUGCCUCCACCUCCCAAAGUGCUGGGAUUACAGUCAUGAGCCACUGCAGCUGGCAAGAAUUUGUUUUUAACUUUAAAGUUUUAAUUUUAUUUAUUUUUUUAACUUUUAGGUUCAGGGGUACAUGUGUAGGUUUGUUCUAUAGCCAAACACAUGUCACAGGGGUUUGUUGUACAGAUUAUUUUGUCACCCAGGUACUAAGCCUAGUAGUCAAUAGUUUUUCUGAUUCUCUCCCUCUUCCCACUCUCCACCCUCAAGUAGGCCCCAGUGUCCGCUGUUCUCCUUUUUGUAUCCAUGCAUUCUCAUCAUUUAGCUCCCACUUCAAUGAGAACGUGGUAUUUGGUUUUCUUUUCCUGUGUUAGUUUGCUAAGAAUAAUAGCCUCUAGUUCCAUCCGUAUUCCUGCAAAAGACAUGAUCUCAUUCUUUUCAUGACUGAAUAGUAUUCCAUGGUGUAUAUGGACCACAUUUGCGUUAUCCAAUCUGUCAAGAUGGGCAUUUAGGUUGAUUCCAUGUCUUUGCUAUUGUGAAUAGUGCUUCAGUGAACAUUCAUGUGUGUGUCUUUUAUUUUAUUUUAUUUUAAAGAGACAGGGUCUUGCUAUGUUGCCCAGUCUGGAGUGCAGUGGCUAUUCACAGG